AUGGCCCCAAAUGAAGCCCAUCAAUACAUGGGGAUUAUCAGCUUGCUGAAGCAUUUUAGGUGGAUCUGGGUUGGGCUCUUUGUUGUAGAUGAUGACACUGGGGAACAUUUUUUGCAGACCCUAGAACCAUUGCUUUCCCAGCAUGGAAUCUGCUCAGGAUUCACUCAAAGAACCCCACAAGAAGCCCAUUUCGAUAACAUGGGCAAAGUUGUCGAGAUAACCUCAAGUAAUUAUGAAGAUCUCACAGAUGACAAAGUCAACACAUUUAUCAUGUAUGGAGAAUCUAUGGCAAUUAUAUGGCUCAGAGCUCUUGUAUUUGUACUAGAUCCUGAAAACAAGAAAAGUACAUCAUUAAGAAAGGUAUGGAUCAUGACAACUCAGAUUGAUUUCUUAUUAACAGGCCUACAAAGUGGUUGGGAUCUUAACAUGUUUCAUGGUGCCAUUUCCUUUACAAUUCACUCAGAAGAUGUUCGAGAAUUCAGAGAAUUUCUUCAGAACAUAACACCUUACUGGACUCAAGGAGAUGGAUUUCUUAAAGAUUUCUGGGAGCAAGCAUUUGACUGUUCCUUUGCAAAUCCUGAGGUGCCAACAAAUGCCAGUGAAAGAUGUUCUGGGAAGGAAAGGCUGGAAAGUCUUCCUGGGCCUCAGUUUGAGAUGCACAUGACUGGUCACAGUUACAGUAUUUAUAAUGCAGUCUAUGCUGUGGCCCAUUCUUUGCAUGAAAUUUACUCAACUAAAACAAAGCACAGAGCCAUGAUGGGUAGGGAAAUAUUUGAUCUUCAAGAUCUGCAGCCAUGGCAGCUUCACCCAUUUCUUCAUGGCAUUUCAUUCAACAACACAGCAGGGGAACCAAUCCACUUUAACAAUAAAAGGCAAAUGGGAGGUGGAUUUGACAUAGUAAACAUGGUCACAUUUCCAAACAAGUCCUUCCAGAGAGUGAAAGUUGGAAGGAUGGGUCCUGAUGGCAUUGGAGGAAAAGAAUUCAUCAUUAAUGAGGACCUAAUUGUGUGGCACAGAGGUUUUAAUCAGGUGCUUCCGCUUUCUGUGUGUAAUAAACACUGCCCACCUGGUAAUCAGAAGAAAAAGAAGGAAGGGGAAAAAUUUUGCUGCUACGAUUGUGUUUCAUGUCCAGAAGGGAAGAUAUCAAACAAUACCGAUAUGGUUGACUGUUUCAAAUGCCCAGAAGAUCAAUAUCCAAGCAAUGACAGAAGUCAAUGCAUGCCCAAAACUAUAACUUUUCUCUCUCGUGAAGAGCCUUUAGGGAUCAGUUUAGCCAUAGUUGCUGUUUCUUUUUCUCUGGUCACCGCUUUGAUGUUCAGAACCUUUGUUAAGCACAGAGAUACCCCAAUUGUCAAAGCCAACAACCGGAACCUCACCUACGCUCUCCUCAUUUCCCUUCUGCUCUGCUUCCUCUCUUCAUUGUUAUUCCUGGGGCAACCUGGGAAAGUGACCUGCCUUCUCCGACAACCCACUUUUGGCAUCAUCUUCUCCAUGGCUGUUUCUUGCGUGUUGGCCAAAACUGUCACUGUGGUUCUUGCUUUCAUGGCCACCAAGCCAGGGUCCAGCAUGAGGAAGUGGGUGGGGAAAAGACUGUCCAACUGCAUUGUCCUUUUCUGCUCUCUUAUUCAAGCAAGUAUUUGUACUGUGUGGUUGGCAACUUCUCCCCCAUUCCCUGAUCUAGACAAGCACUCAGUAACGGAAGAAAUCAUUCUCCAAUGUAAUGAGGGAUCAGUCACCAUGUUUUACUGUGUCCUGGGCUUCAUGGGCCUCCUGGCCAUGACCAGCUUCAUUGUGGCAUUCCUAGCCCGCAAAUUACCAAACAGUUUUAAUGAAGCCAAGUUCAUUACAUUCAGCAUGUUGCUCUUUUGCAGUGUGUGGGUCUCCUUUGUUCCAACCUACCUGAGCACAAAAGGAAAAGACAUGGUGGCUGUGGAGAUCUUCUCCAUCUUGGCCUCCAGUGCUGGGUUACUGGGUUGCAUCUUUUUCCCUAAGUGCUACAUCAUUUUUCUGAGGCCUGAGUUGAACAACAGAGAGCAAAUAAUAAGGAAAAGGGAUUAA